AUGAACUCAAGUUGACUGGGUUACUAUAUAUAGCCAGUAGUUAUAGACUGAAAAUUGAUCAGGCAUGGACGACCUGCCAUCGAACAGCCUUCCCUGCGAUCCUAUUCCAGAAUUAAAAGGCCCCGACUUGCUGACGUUGUGUGGAGGGUGCCAGGAAAAAGUCAAAUAUUUUCUGAGCUUGAGAGAAACUUUGGCCCAUCACCGCGCGAAUGGCGAGCAGCCUCGAUGUGAUCCCCGGGACCACGAGAUGGUCAAACGACUUGAGGCAGAAGACUGGAGGCCACAGGUCACAGUCAAAUAUUUCGAAGACGUUAACUUCUCAAGUAAACAAACAGCAGUUGACGCUGAUGAUGCAGAGGCUGAAGAGGGUGAUCAGACUGAGAGUGCUCAUGACAGUGAUCCCAAGAAAAGUUUUUUGUGUGGAGUGAAUGGCUGUCAUCAAGUAUUUACCACAAUAGCCAGCUUCGACUCUCACUACCAGAACAGCCACGCUUUUGUCUGCGACACGUGUAAGAAAACUUUUGUCUCGAACUUUCUUCUGGACAUUCACCUAGAGGAGUCACAUGACUCAUACUUUCAGAUACUCAGCCAAAAAGUUGACAUGUAUCGCUGCCUGGUAGAAAGUUGUGACCAAAAGUUUAGAACCGCUGAGCUACGCAAUGACCACCUGGUCUCUGACCACAAAUAUCCUGACAACUUUACAUUUCACGGACUCAUUUCACCCAAAACAAAAGUUCAAUCCAACGAAACAUCAAAUACGAGUUGCGGUGAGAUGGUAACUGAAGGCAUGGAAGGUCAAGAUGUAAAGUCUAAAGGGAACAAGAAAUCCAAAGGCAGAGGGAAAAGAGUACCUGCUGUCGUUAACUUUGGCUACCAUGCGUCACAUAGAUCCUUUCAGCUUAGUGGCGGGGAUAGCCACUGGCACCAACGGGGCAAGACGGAUAGCCACUGGCACCAACGGGGCAAGACGGAUAGCCACUGGCACCAACGGGGCAAGACUGUGGACAUCAAGACGGAUCUGGACACUGCUGUGGACAUCGAGACGUUCGCGUUUUCAGAUCUUGCUGAGAUAUUGGACGAAGGAUAUCUGCAGCUUUAG